AUGGAGAACCAAGGAGAUGAGGAAACCCGAAUUCGCGGAACGGCCCGCCGUCGGCGACUAGCACUGUUUCCGUUGCCCCUCCAAGGCCACCUAAACCCCAUGCUCCAGCUCGCCGGAAUCCUCCACUCCAGAGGAUUCUCCGUCGCCAUCAUCCACACUCGCUUCAACUCUCCCCUUAAAUCCAACUACCCCCACUUCACCUUCCACCCCAUCGCCGACGGCCUGUCGGAGAGACAGGUUUCCACAACAGCUGCCGCCGAUCUACUCAAGAUGCUUCAGGUUCAGGACACCUGCGCCUCGGGGCUGAGGGAUUGCUUGGGUGAGUUGUUAAUGUCCGAGGAGCCUGUUGCUUGCCUGAUAGUAGAUUCCUGGUGGCUCUCCUCGAAGUCGGUUGCAGACAGCUUUGGGCUCCCAAGGAUGGUCUUGCGGACUGGCAGCGUCACAAGCUUUCUUGGCUUUUCUGCCUUGGUGCUUCUGCAGGAAAAUGGUUACUUGCAAGAGUCCCAGCCAGAGGAAGCUGUGCCGGAGCUGCCCCCACUCCAAAUCAGGGACCUUCCAACACUUAAACCACAUGACUCACAAGGUCGAUACUCGUUCAUUGUAGCCAUGAUCGAGCAAUUCAAAACCUCUUCAGGAAUCAUAUGGAACUCCUUUGAAGAACUGGAACCACCCUCAAUGACCAAAUUCCGCCGAGACUUUCCGGUGCCCAGUUUCCCCGUCGGCCCCUUCCAGAAGAACUUCCCGGCGUCCUCAAGCAGCCUGCUCCCGCCAGACCGAAGCUGCAUUUCGUGGCUAGACGCACAACAUCCCAAAUCUGUACUCUACGUAAGCUUCGGCAGCAUCGCAGCAAUAGACGAAGGGCAGUUCCUGGAAAUGGCUUGGGGGCUGGAGAGCAGCGCGCAGCCUUUCUUGUGGGUGAUCCGGCCGGGACUGGUCGGCGGCUGGGAAUGGCCGGGGCCGUUGCCUAGCGGAUUCAUGGAGAGGACUGGGGGAAGAGGACACGUGGUGAAGUGGGCGCCGCAGCAGGAAGUGUUGGGCCAUGGAGCCAUAGGAGGGUUCUGGACUCACAGUGGAUGGAACUCUACAAUGGAGAGCAUCUGCGAAGGAGUUCCAAUGAUGUGUUCCCCUUUCUUCGGGGACCAGAUGACGAAUGCGAGAUACGUGAAAGACGUGUGGAGAAAUGGGUUGGUGUUUGAGCCUGAUGAGAUGAAGAGAGGAGAGGUGGAGGAAACCAUCAGAAGACUCAUGGCGGAGAAGGAAGGGGAGGACAUGAGAGAAAGGGCUCUGUGGCUUAAGGAGAAGGUAGAGCUAUCCCUAAGCCAAGGUGGGUCUUCACACCAUAGCUUGGAGAGCCUGGUGACUUACAUUUUAUCAUUCUAACUAAAAAAAAAAAAACAAUAUUUCGUCAACAAAGCAUGAGGGGACAGAAUGGCGGUGAUGCAUGAGGUGAUGGGCGGGAUUGAGGCGGCGGUUGUUCUCUGUUUGCUAUGGUUUCUUUUGUUUGCUUGUUUAUGGGCCUCUUUUGAUGGGCCUUUGUUUUUUGUUUGGUUGGGCCCAUGUUUUAGCUAGUUCUAUUUGGUUUUUGUGGUUUCCCAGCCUUUGUAUGGGUCUUGUUCCGUAGCUUAAAAGAAAUCUCGCUGUAUUUCGUCCUUGUGAGGAUCUGAUUUCAACAAAAAGAAAAAAAAAAAACAUUUUAUC